AGUUUUCGAAAUUUCUGUCAAACCAUGUUCAACUUUCUUAAGCUGUUCGGCCAAGGGACUGUGCGGUCCUUGUCCACAUCCAGCAUUUUAAGGGCACCGAGAGCAGAUCCUAAGAAACAAUUAAAGAAGACUAUCAAAGACAAAAGAAGGAACAAACAGAAUCCAGCCUUACAUCCUUUGUACAUGGACAUCCCAAAAGCCUUAAGAUACUUGAGAAGUGCAGAAAUUGGUGAACAAGCCAGCAAGAGCACCAUCAGUCUAUUGAUCACGGUGAUACCUGAAAGAGGGUCCAAGCCAUUAUCGGGUUUAUUGAAAUUACCUAACCCUGUAUCAUCCUCCAAGAUUUUGGUGUUCUCAAACGACCCUAUACAAAUGAAUGUGGAUACCAGCUCAUUCUUGAUGGGAGGAACCGAAUUGGUGGGUCAAAUUGCCGACGGAAAAGUGGAUGUAUCGGGAUUCACCCAUUCUUACGCCACCUUGGAUGUAUUACCGGAGUUAAAAUCGAUCCAAAGAAUAUUGGGUCCUAAGAACUUGAUGUGUAUGCCCAGGAAGGGGAAUGUUGCUGACGCCACAGAGCUUCCCACCUUGAUAGAGAGCAACAUGGGAACUAUGCCAUUCAAACAAACCGACAGACACUUGAGUUUCCCCAUCGCUAGAUGUGAUUUCUCCGAUAAAAAGGUGUUAGAAAACAUCACCGAAGCAUCCAAAACUAUCCACAGUUUGCAACCACCCGGAACCAAAAAACCCAACUUGAUUGGCCAGACCGUAAUAUCAUCCACCAAGGGUCCCGGAAUCGUCAUUAACUUCAAUAAUUAGUUACUCGGUUAUUCUUGUACAUAAGUAAACUCUCGCCAUCCGAAUCUUAACGUCUCAUC